AUGCGCACCGUCUCAAUUCACAAAUUAUUCAAAAAAUUAAAUGAGCAUUGUCUUAACAUAAUCAGCGAAGAGCCCCAUAUGAUUUUCGAAGCUAAUGAUUUUUUAUCCCUGGAAGAAUCGGUGCUCGUGUCCAUCCUCAAACGCGAUGAUCUAGGUAUGGAUGAGAUUGAAAUUUGGAAUUCAAUUAUCAAAUGGGGCACGGGAAACACUUUGAGCUUAUCUAAAGAACCUGUAUCAAAAUGGACACCUGAAAACUUUGCCGCUCUCGAAAAGACUCUUCAUCAAUGCAUCCCAUUGAUUCGAUACAGUGAUAUCUCGAGCACUGAUUAUUUCGAAAAAGUAAUGCCUUAUCGAAAAAUCAUCCCGAAGGAUAUGAAAACGGAAAUUUUGGGUUAUCAUCUUAAAGAUUCGACUCCGCAACCUAUUAAAAUUUUACCUCCGCGAUCAGGCUCAUUUGACUCUAAAAUUAUUAAUCUUAAACACACUAAUUAUCUUAAUGCGCCUGAUGCAUUUAUAUUUUCCUUCGAUAAAAAUGAUCUUCAAAGUGCAAAAAUUUCACGCAACAACUCAGGAAAUCAAAUAGCAUACCGAUACAACAAUUACCAAGUUGAUGAUCACUAUUUCAAUGAAAACUUAUAUAUCAGCGAUAACUGUAAUCUAUACGCGUCGAGCUGGUAUUACCAUAGGGAUAUGGAAGAAUCUCAAGUUAAUUUUAAAGUGGAUGAAUAUGAAGUAUUUCAAAUUGUACCAAAAGAUCACGCGAAGUGA